GGCCACUAAUGUAAAGCUUAAUUAAUUCAUCAUCUCUCUCUAUACCUACCAAAGAAGAAUAAAACAAAGGCAUAAGAAAUUUAACUUUAGUCCUCAAGCCAUGUCUUCACCAUUUUCUUCUUCCUCUACCACUUCUUCUUCGAUUGAUCCCAUGGCGGCCUCUUCCGGCAGCUGCGUGUACUACGGGCCAUGGGAGUACGACGUGUUCCUGUGCUUCCGUGGCGAGACGCGUGGCUCCUUCACCAGCCACGUCAUGGCCGCGCUCUCGGACAAGAAGAUCCGGACCUUCAUCGACACCAUGCUGGGCAAAGGUGAGAGCAUAGCAGAGCUUCUUUCCGUCCUCAAAAGAUCGGCGGUGUCGGUGAUUAUAUUCUCCGAGAGGUUCGCCGACUCGCCGUGGUGCCUCGAUGAGGUGGCCACCAUCUCCCGGAGCAUGAAGGAGUUCGGCCACCGUGUCAUCCCGGUUUUCUACAACGUCGACCCGUCGGAGGUCGACGGCGACACCGGAAGCUACGCCGCCAUGAUCGAGAAGCACUCCGGCGGCCGGUACGGUGACCCGAAGGUGAAGUUGAAGUGGAGGGAUGCGUUGAAGGAGAUCGUUGAUAAGGCCGGCCUCACUUCUCACGAGAUCAGGUUAGACUCGCAAUUAAUAAAGGCCAUUGUAGACAACGUGCUGAAAGAGUUAAUCAACAUGUCUCCAAGCCUCGAGCCCAAAAAUUUAGUGGGCAUUGAUUCUCGUGUGUGGGAGGUGGAGCGAUUGCUAGAUGUCAACCGCUCCGACGACAUUCGAAUUGUCGGGCUCUGGGGGAUGCCCGGUAUUGGCAAGACCACUCUAGCUCGAGCCUUAUACAGACGACUUACCAAUUUGUCCAAAGAAGAUGGUUACAAGCACUAUUUUGUCCCGAACAUCAACGCCAAAUGGAAAGGACAACGAGAUGGCUUGGAAGGACUACAAAAGGAGCUUUAUUCAAACCUCCUCUCCGAGCAGGACCAAAACAUCACCAGUCGAGACUUGGAAACAAGUUAUCGCAGGGCUCGACUGUUCCGGUUGAAGGUUUUCAUUGUCCUGGACGACGUUGAAGUUUUGUCCCAACUAGAAAGCUUACUCCUCGGUGAUGUGUUGAAUCUCACGAAGUUGUUUGCACUAGGGAGCAGAAUUAUCGUCACAACGAGAAACAGGAAAGUGCUUGAAGUUGCAAUGGCUAGGAUAUACCAUGUGGAGCAGCUUAGCCCUCAAGAGUCGCUUCGAUUGUUCAGCAUGUACUCUUUUAGGCAAGAGACUCCACCAACCAGUAGAAGAUACCAGUCAGUUACAGCAGUGGGAUAUUGCCAAGGAAACCCUUUGGCUCUUAGGGUCUUAGGGUGCACACUCUUUAGGAAGAGCGAGAGUUACUGGCAAAGUUUCUUGGAUGGGUUGAGGAAGAAUCCAAAGCGGGAGAUUCACGAUGUUCUAAGGAGGAGCUACGAUGAGCUCGGAGGAGAUGAGAAGAGGAUGUUUCUUGACAUUGCUUGUUUCUUUCGAAGGAAUUACUCCAAGUCACAUUUGAUUAAGAUGAUGGCAUGUAGCUAUUACUCAGCUUAUAGUCGAGUGGAGGAUCUUAUUGAUAAGGCAUUAUUGAUAUGUGAACACCAGUCCAAUAGCAACGACGACGAGUUGAUCGUUGAGGUUCAUGAUUUGCUACACGAAAUGGCUUGGAACAUUAUUAGUGAGGAAUCCGAUCUUGGGAACCGCAGUCGUCUUGAGAAUGCAGAGGACGUCCGCAAGUUACUCACUGCACGGAAGGUACAUACUACUUCUCAAUUUCGAUUUCACUUAACAAUAGUAAACCAUUCUUUUCAUGCACAUUUGCUAAUUAGGGAGCGAGAGCUACAGAAGGCAUAAACUUGGACUUGUCAAAAGCAGAAGAGAUGCACUUGGGAUCCGAUGCAUUUUUGGGGAUGGAUCGACUUAGAUUUCUCAAAUUCUCAUGGCCAGAUUCUUCGUCGUCUUCAUCUAAAAACAAUGCACGUACUUGCAAGAUCCAUCUUUCGAAAUCUGGCCUAGACUCACUCCCUCAUGAGUUAAGGAUGCUAUGGUGGGAUGGAUUUCCUUCGUCAUCUUUGCCUUCAAACUUUUCUCCUAACAGUUUGGUUGAACUUUGUAUUCGCCAUAGCCCUCUUGCACAAUGUUGGGAUGGAGUUCAGGACUUUGUGAAUUUGAGGUGGUUUGACCUAUCUUAUUGUGCCAACCUCAUCAUCGUCCCUGAUCUAUCGAAAGCCACACAUCUGGAAUCUCUCAAACUCACAGGAUGCAAGACCAUAGUUGAGCUACCCUCCUUUGUCGAAUACCUAGACAAGUUAACCUUGCUAGACCUCGGAGCCUGCGAAAACCUAGAGAUCCUCCCACCUAAACUAGACUCCAAACACCUCAAACACGUAAUUCUCUACGAUUGCAGGAAAAUCAACCAAUGCCCCGAGUUCACAAGCAACUGGGACACCCUAGACUUGCGUGGCACCCCAAUCACAACCCUCCCUGUUGCAAUCCACAAACUCAAAGAAGCCCGAAAGCUCAGCCUCCACGGUGAAAGCAUAACCAGCUUGCCAGAUGGAUUCUCUGCAUCCAUCAAGGAGUUUCGACUGUGCCACACCGCCAUACAAAAGAUACUGCCAAGCGAUCAUCGUGAUUUUCUUCUUCCGAGAAUCUCUCGUUUGGAGCUGGUCGGGAGCUCGAACCUUGCCACUUUAUCUAAAAGCCUCUGGAAAAUGGUGACAAAAGAGCUCCUCAUCAUGGACUCCCAAAUGUUGAAAACAAUUCCAGAAAUCUCGGUCGUCGACUCGAGCUUGAAGGUGCUUGUAGUAGAAGACUGCAGAGCUUUCAGGCGCCUUCCUUCCAGCAUCGGCAACCUCAAGUCGUUGGAGGUACUAGCCUUGAUUGGUGCAGCUAUCAGAAUGUUGCCUUCGUCUGUACAAGAACUGGACCAGCUUCGCACGCUGGACUUGACUAAUUGCAAAAUGUUGGAGUCUAUACCCGGUGCGAUCAGCAGGCUCGAUCGCCUCUCUCAACUCUAUCUACUGGGCUGCGAGAGCCUUCGUUCUUUGCCCGAACUUCCUCUCAAUGUGAAGCUUUUAGUCGCCAGUAAUUGCAAGUCGUUGCAAACAGUUUCGAGCAACAACUUUAGCAAGCUCCAUUUCUUGAAUCUCAACUUGGUGGGUUGUCUCCAGUUAGACCGCAAGUUGCUCCGACGAAUGCUGGCGAAAUUGCCGCUUCAGGAUGUCUCUCAACGAACUCAGUAUGGUGGUGGAGUGGGUGAGAUACCUCCGUCAACGGUAUUAUACCCAGGGAGCGAGCUUCCAGAAUGGUUCCCGAAUAAAAGCAUGGGACAUUUCGUGACGGUUCCUCUGCCGAGGAACUGCAAGAGACUGAAGCUAUUUGCGUUCGCUGUAGUCUAUUCUCUGGAGCCGCCUGUUUCCGGCGACGAAGAGAAGACCGAUAUGCACAUGCACAUUUCAAGCGAGUGCUUCACGAAACCCGGCUGUGGUGGCGGCCACGGGUGUGGGAGCGAUGAAUUAGUUGGUGGCGGUGGCUUGAGUAGUAGUACUAAUAAUGCUGUGGCGUCGUGGAAUAUAUGUAUGAAUGUGAUGGGAAGCUUCAACGGCGGUGUGGCCACAGACCAUGUCUUUCUGUGGCUUCACCAUAGAGCUGGAGAAGAUCGAGAGGAAGAGGAGGAAGGGAAAUUAGCUUGGUAUCUGAAACAUUCCGGACGAGACGUUUCGUUCCGUUUCAGCCUUCAACUGAAACGUGGAGAGAUGAAGCCCUGCCAGAUCAAGAGAUGUGGCGUUUCCCUUGUGUUUCAUACUAAUUUUGGAAAUCUUUGAUUAUUACAUCGAUAAUUGUGUUGGAAUGUUGAUAAUAAUUGACCCCUUAGUGCUAGCUUGAAGAUCAUCUGUGAUUUAAAGUUCCAUUUAGCUAUAAUGGGUACACAAUUGAGGUCUGUGUGUAUGGACAUGAAGUUCUCAUGUAUGUUUUGUUUAAGCGGAGAGGCCUUGCGGUUAGGUUAGUGACUUAAAAUUGUAUGUGGUAUAAGAUUAAUUCUCGUAGUUCUUAUAUAUAUAACUUUC